UAUUGUUGGUCCACCGCGUCCGCUGGCUAAGCUUGAGUUAGGCCUUGUAUGCUGCUCGUGCACCAGCCAUACCACCAUUUUAUCGGUGCACAUGUAUUAUCAAUGCUACCAUGCGUGCUCGGACUAGGUGAAGCCCAUGAUGAGUAGCUAACCACGUAUACCUAAUAGAAAUGAACAUUACCGUCGAGUGUGACGCGGGUCUCCGAGUCAGCUGCAACUCAAGGCAGGGCUUCUUAUUCAAUAGGCCUGGUCAGGUUUCUGCCACACGUAGUGCAUUGGUCGACCGCCGCUACGCCCGUUUGGCAAGGUUGAAUCGCCAGACCACACUGGGGCUGAAACCGCGAAGUACGAGCAUCGUACAUUUACCCAUCCGUGUUCGGUCAUCGCACGGUCACCCAAGCCACAAUCCACGUAUAUAUGCACUAUCCACGCGCUCUCGACUUAAGAGACAACGCACGACCCGCGUGACCCGCAUCAAUCAGUCGUCGUCUCGUCCGGAGUGGAGGGGCGCACAGCUUGGGGGGGAGCGCCUAGCUGGAGGAGAGCUUGCGCGAGCAGAAGGCGCAAAUACUCCUGGGUGUGAGGUGACGACCGCUGGCACAGUAGGCGUGGAAAGCAAGUUCGUCACCAUGAUGCGAGCCUACCGUGCUGCCCGGUAUUCACACCAACUCCUACUACUGGUUACUGAUCUCAUGCAUGAUGCGCUGAUCACCGCUCGCUCGCCGCAGGCCAGUCCGGACAAGAAAUCGUGUACCAUUGAGCGCGUGAUCCUACUAACUACUAUCCAAACUAGCAUAGACAUACAGGAAACGGGCCGAGACGAGACAGAGCAUAGGAAUACGCAAAACAACGUAGCGGGUCAAAUGUAACGUCUCAACAUAGCAAGCCCCAGUCUGCUCUAUACUUGCAUCAAAUAUAGGUUAUGACGUAUGGUGGGCACCCGGCCGAGGAUAUC